UAUAUGAACAAAAACUUUAUAUCUAUACCAAAUCAAUAAACGUCAAAGUAGAUUUUUUUAAAUAUAUUCAAAAUUAAAAGGGCCAGUGUUAAUUCCGAGAGAUCUUCGUCCAACCCCACACCGCCACACCCACCUCAUCAAACCAACCACACAUCUACAGACACCCACCCCAGUCACCAUGGCGUACGGUGAAUGGGACCACGGCCUGUUCGGAUGCCUGAGCAACCCUUUUGUCUGCAUCAUGGCCUACCUUCUCCCGUGCUACGUCUUUGGUCAGCUCGCCUACAAAAACGACCGCUCCUGUCUCAAGUACGGCGUUCUGUUCUUCUGUCCAGUCGUAAACUGUGUUCUGCUGUACAAGUUCCGUAUGGCCACUGUGGCGAAGAAGGACAUCAAGACGACUUGCCUGCCGGAAGCGCUAAAGGUGGGACUAUGUACGUGCUGCGCUAUGGUGCAACAGGCCACAGAGGAAAUGGAGGACCCGAAGGCUAUGGAUAUGGGCCGCUCCUAGAGGGGGAGACUGGAAGUGUUUCUUUCAGGCAUUGC